CACGCGCAGGGCUCGAGCCGGCGCGGACGAGCGCGCGGCCGCGGGGCCCCUCCCCCACCCCUCACCGCGCACGCGGGGAAUCCGUCGCCGCGGCUGCUUCGGCCGCCGCGGUCGGUGGUCGUUAUGGAGUCUCCGUGGGAUGAGCUGGCUCUGGCCUUCUCCCGCACGUCCAUGUUCCCCUUUUUUGACAUCGCCCACUAUCUAGUGUCCGUGAUGGCUCUGAAGCAUCAGCCGGGAGCAGCUGCAAUGGCAUGGAAGAAUCCUAUUUCAAGCUGGUUUACUGCUAUGCUCCACUGCUUUGGGGGAGGAAUUUUAUCCUGUAUACUGCUUGCAGAGCCUCCACUGAGGUUUCUUGCAAACCACACUAAUAUAUUACUGGCAUCUUCAAUUUGGUAUAUUAUAUUUUUUUGCCCGUGCGACCUAGUUUCCCAGGGCUAUUCAUUUUUACCUGUUCAACUCCUGGCUGCAGGAAUGAAGGAAGUGACCAGAACUUGGAAAAUAGUAGGUGGAGUCACACAUGCUAAUAGCUAUUACAAAAAUGGCUGGCUAGUCAUGAUAGCUAUUGGAUGGGCCCGAGGUGCAGGUGGUACCAUUAUCACAAAUUUUGAGAGGUUGGUAAAAGGAGAUUGGAAACCAGAAGAUCAUGAAUGGCUGAAAAUGUCCUACCCUUCCAAGGUAACCCUGCUGGGGUCAGUUAUCUUCACAUUCCAGCACACCAAACAUCUGGCAAUAUCAAAGCAUAAUCUUAUGUUCCUUUAUACCAUCUUUAUUGUGGCCACAAAGGUAACCAUGAUGAUUACACAGACUUCUCCUAUGACUUUUGCUCCUUUUGAAGAUACAUUGAGUCGGAUGCUGUUUGGCUGGCAGCAGCAGUUUUCAUGUGAAAAGAAAAGUGAAGCAAAAUCAUCUUCCAAUGGCACUGGGUCAUUGACCUCCAAACCUGUAGAUGACGCUUCAGAUAAGGUUAAAAAGAAACAUCCUAAGAAGACUGAAUAAAUUUGCUUAAUGAGCUCUAGAAGGCAAAAAUUUUUUUUCUUAUCUACCUGUCAGAUUGUGAUAUUUGUAUGUAAAUGAUGUGAAAUAAAUAUUAUAUGUAAGGAAUGGAGGUGACAAAAAGAAAGAAAUUCUUUCUGUUUCAGGGAGACUACCCCUUUCUGGAUUGUAAUUCAUGAGUGUUAGGAGCAUAUCAUGUGACUUUGUUUUUCUGAUAUAGAAGAUUCUGUUGUGAUUAUUUGAAUAGUUUUAUAUUGAUAGAAGGAGGCUAAUUUUUUUAAUGUUAGAAAAAGUAAAACUAUCAUUUCAAAAUAACAAAAAUUUAAAACUUUUUAAAAGUUUAGAUAUUUUCAUAUGUAUUUUUUAUUUGAAUCUGAGCUUUAGUUUGGCAGAAUUAAAUUUUUACUUGACAUUACCAUUAUAAUUGAUAGGUAUGGAAAAUAAUUCCUGUUUAAUUUUGAACACCGAGAGGAGUAAACUUUUCCUAAAACACUUUGUAAGUGAAAAUAAAUUGUUAGUUUAUAUUUCAGAUAUAAAUAAUGUAUUUUUUGACCACAUUAAAUGGAAAAUACCUGAAUAUUAAUUUUAUUACUAGUAGUACUUUUCAUUGAGAACUGAGUAUGAGUCUCAAUCUGAAGUUUUUCUCAUGCCCUUGUUUUAAAAAAACUGUUUUUUUCCCUCAAAAUCAAGGGUGUAAUUUUUAAUAAAUUACUAAUCCCAUGUUUUGUUUUAUAAUUUUCAUUUGAGGAGCUUAGCUUAUUUUUUUUUUCUCUUUCCUAAAAAUACAUUUGUUUUAAUUGUCAGAGAAAUUAUUCUUCUCAGCAUUUCCCAUGUUCUUCUUUCUAAUCUUAGAUGGUCUGAAUACAUUGGUAGUAGGUAUCUUAAUGAUUCCAAAAAAAAAAAGAAAUUAAUUUAAAAAUUUUCCCUCUGUCUUCUUUCUAGUAGCUGCUCUCUUAGUUUUCUAGUUGAAUUUCUCUUACUAAUUUGCACAUGGUUAUAUUUAGUCUACAUGUAUGUAUGUUAUUACUUUUAUUUUAAAUGAAAACUAAUUACCUUCAUGUGCAAAUGCUUAGCUCUAAUGAGAAUUAUCCUUGGGCAUUCGAUAAUAACUAGUUAACCAAUAACAAACAGAAACCAGAACCUCAUAUGGUAUUUGAAUGAAAAAUGAUGACAUUAAAUCUGGUUCUUUAUUGGUAAUACAAAAAACAAACAAGAAAAGGUAUUGAAUGAUGUUAGAUUUUUUUGCUUUAUUUUGUGGUUUAAAAGUCCAGUUACAACAUUAAAACUCGGUGACAUGAUUUCUUCUACCAAAACCAUGAGCCUACUGCCUGUAUCAGGUAUUUUUGGAUGGCCUGGAAGUACUCAAAUUACAUGCAAGUUAUAGGUUUUUUUUUUUUUUUUUUAAUUUUUGACAAAUAUAAACACCAGCAGGCACUAUACUUGUUUAUAAAAAAAGUUUGGGAGUGGGGAACUUUUGAUAGCCUUGGAAUAAAUGCUAAGAAGUUUAUUUUUAAUAUUGUGAAGCAUUAAGUAUUUAAGAGUUCUGUAUUAUAUUUGAUACUCUAUAGUUAAAAACUUUUAAAAAUUAACAUGUUAUUAAUUAUUGAUUAGAUUUGAAGUUUGAGUUUAACUGUAGUUGAAAUGGGAGGAAUCUUGUUUUACACUUGUAUUAAAGAUGAAUUUAUUAAAAUAAGUUAUUUAGCACCAA